AUGGUACCCGAGCAUGAGCGGUCGAAUUUUGAAACUUUCCAAGAUUGCCUAUCGACAAGCGUGAUCCAGAAGCUAGCCCCAUCCAGUGGCAAGAAGACGAAAAAGCGAUCGAUCAAGGGCAGGAAGAAUGAGAUCAAACCGGUAGUGAAAGUCGACGAUGAGAAUGGUCUCGACGACGCGACCGAGCUUGCGGACUUUGUCGAGGUUCGCGCCAGAGCUUGCAAGUUUCGCCUUCAUCUUUGUUGACGAGGUUUUUAGUAUCUAGCAGAGCAGAUCUUUACCUCUCUUCCGAGUGUCCUUCGCACGCUGUCAUAUGCUCGAAUACAGGAGGACGAUUCGCUCAAGGUGACCUAUCAAGUGCCGAUGGAGUCAGCCUUGAUCGAGGACCUGGUCGAACCAUUGCCUCUUUCGAUUUCAGACUCCCUCUGCUCCUACCACCUGAUGGCCGAUUCCACAGACCUGAAUCGAUUCCUCGAAGCUGUCUUCUCAUCAUACAUUACCGCCGUUACAUCGCCGCCGCCAGAGUACACGCCCGCGUUGACAGCAACUCGUCCCGAUGGAUGCGAAAUUUGUGGGAGAGAGCAUCUUCCUCUGACGUAUCACCACCUUAUUCCAAGACAGGUACAUGCGAAGGUUGUCAAACGCGGCUGGCACAGUGAAUGGGAAUUGAACAAGGUUGCGUGGCUAUGUCGAGCCUGUCAUUCUUGUGUUCACAAGAUCGCGUCCAAUGAGGAGUUAGCGCGAGAUUUGUAUAGCGUGGACCUACUGCUGGACAGAGAGGAUGUGCAGAAAUGGGCGGCUUGGAUAGGUCGAGUUCGAUGGAAAGCAAAGUGA